AACGCGAGCAGGAGGAGCUCGACGCUGUGGAGAUAUUUUAGAAAGUGUAGGUGAGACCAGAAUGUAAGUCUGACCCGUAUCGAUCCGCAACAUGUGUCCAAAGCGAUUUGCUCGAGCAAGAGGAGCACGAGGCUGUCUUGCUAGGAAGAACCACGUUAGGGAGGGUUGUGAGGGAUCAAAGAUUCGUGCGGACAUGUUUGCUUCGGAGAUGAGAUCAUGAGGUAACACUGAGAGAGGAAAGAAUUGAGCCCAAACGACCCCUACUAUAACAAGAAGAUAUGAAGCGGCAAAGGAAGGCGUCCCUUUGGAUUCUGACGAUCGACACGGCCCGGCAAAGCGCGCGGCAUAUCUCCCUGAAUAUUCGGCGUCUCCCCCUGGAUAUUCGAGAAUAUUCUCCCUGAAUAUUCGAGAAUAUUCGCCCUGAAUAUUCGGCAUUUCCCCUUGAAUAUUCGAGAGCAUUCUCCCUGAAUAUUCGAGAACAUUCGCCCUGAAUAUUCGGCAUUCCCCCUUGAAUACUCGAGAAUAUUCUCCCUGAAUAUUCGGCGCCUCCCCUUGAAUAUUCGCGAAUAUGCUCCCCGAAUAUUCGGGAAUAUUCCCCCUGAAUAUUCGGCAUUUCCCCUUGAAUAUUCGAGAAUAUUCUCCCUGAAUAUUCGAGAAUAUUCUCCCUGAAUAUUCGGCCUUUCCCCUUGAAUAUUCGAGAGCAUUCUCCCUGAAUGUUCGGCGUUUCCCCUUGAAUAUUCGAGAAUAUUCCCCCUGAAUAUUCGGGAAUCUUCUCCCUGAAUAUUCGGCAUUUCCCCUGGAAUAUUCGCGAAUAUUCUCCCUGAAUAUUCGAGAAUAUUCUCCCUGAAUAUUCGGCGCUUCCCCUUGAAUAUUCGAGAAUAUUCUCCCUGAAUAUUCGGCGUCUCCCCUUGAAUAUUCGAGAAUAUUCCCCCUGAAUGUUCGAGAAUAUUCUCCCUGAAUAUUCGGCAUUUCCCCUUGAAUAUUCGGCGUUUCAGCCGGCCAGGCGCUGGCAAAAUUUUCCCGGGAAUCCCCCGGGUUUUUUCCGUAAAUUUUUUUUUUGGCCUCUGCAUCUCUGCCGCGCUUUUCGGCGCCGCCGGCGGUCUCCUAGCGACCGCGGGGUCCUGCUAUUCCGAGAGGGCCAGGCAAUGAAUCGGUUUGGCGGCCCGCGGUUGUGUUUUGCAGAGUUCUGCGCGCCCGUCAGUCGCGAGGACCUCUGCUCCGGCCGCCAGGUUGGCGCCCGUAUUCCCAUUCCGUCCAUUCCCCGGAAAUUCCCCGUAUUUGGCCCCGGGAACACCCAUUUUGGGACCCCGUAAAUCAGCCCGUAAACUCCACGUAAAUUCCCCGUAAAUUCCACGUAAAUCUCUGUCAAAUGAUUUCAAAGGGAAAUCACUGUACAGAAAUUUACAGGGAAUUUACGGGGUCGAUUUACAGGGAAUUUACGGAGGGCGAUUUGUUGUUUUCGUCGGUGAAAGCCGAGGUUGGUUUGGGGGUUUACGGGGAAUUUACGGGGGGGCUUUACGGGGAAUUUACAUGGAAUUUACAGGGAAUUUACGGGGAAUCCGGGUGGGAAAGCGCGGCGUCUCCGUGGCUCGUUUUCGGGGGAGCCGCGACCGGGCGUUCUGGCCGCGGGGGCAGAGGCGUCGUGGCGCCAUUCCUUUGUCGGACUCCGGCCGCCUCUUCCGGCGCCGCAGACCGGCCAAUCCAAAAAAAAAAUUACGGAAAAAACCCGGCGGGUAUACGGAAAAAGUUUGCCAGGCCCCGGCCGGCUGAGGCGUUUCCCGUUGAAUGUUCGAGAAUAUUCUCCCUGAAUAUUCGAGAACAUUCUCCCCGAAUGUUCGGCGUUUCCCCUUGAAUAUUCGAGAAUAUUCUCCCUGAAUAUUCGAUCGAGAAUACUCUCCCUGAAUAUUCGGCAUUUCCCCUUGAAUAUUCGAGAAUGCCCCCCCUGAAUAUUCGGCGCUCCCCCUUGAAUAUUCGAGAAUAUUCUCCCUGAAUAUUCGAGAAUAUUCUCCCUGAAUAUUCGGCGCCUCCCCUUGAAUAUUCGAGAAUAUUCUCCCUGAAUAUUCGGCGCUCCCCCUCCGAUGUUCGAGAAUGUUCCCCCUAAAUAUUCGCGAACGUUCUCGAUUGUUCGCCUUCCUUUUGCUCUUCGUUUCGCGAAUAUAUAGUAGGGGUCGUUUGGGUUCAAAAAGAAGAAGAACUCUCUCAAUAUCGCGUCUAUGUCUCCAAUCUCUGUUACUUCGGUGUGGUCGUCUCGUCGUGAGAAAAACUAUAAUUUUUCCUUAAACACCGAACACGUUUGAUCAAUUCGCUCUUGAUGUGGUCCCUUAAGAUCCACAUAUUAGGAUGUACGCGUAUAUAACACACCGACAACCAAGAAGAAAGUCAAAAGAUAAGAUAAGAAUACUUACUUUGAUAAAGUAGCUGCGCAGAUUUCGAUUGGUUGAGUUAUCCGCACAACCACGAAGCACCGUGCAGAGUGAGUAGUUCUCUUGUGACGUAAAAAAAAGAAAAAUAUAUAUACGAGUAUGCCACUGCAUCUGUGUGGUUCCGGUUAUGAGUGCGUUUCGCACGUGAAGGCGUUCGGCCUGGGCCAUUCGGCCGACGUGGCUGCGAGCCGCGUCAAGUUCUGGCAGGAGAAGAUGGGCUCCUCUAUGACCGGAGCCAAGGUCGUCGCGGGUGGAUCAUCUUCCGGAACGGGGGCAGCUACUAAUGGAGCACUGUCAACAUCUACAUCAUCCAGUCCACCAUCCAUUGCAACAGCGCAGGAAUCCGAGUUUCACAGCUACACGAAGCUUGCGAAAGCGCUGCAGAAGCCGGAGUCCGACCUGAUUCCGCGCGUGGACGUAAAUUCCGCGAUAUCAACUGUAAAAAUGUCUGGGUCUGGAAGGUUUCAACUUGUGAUGCUAUCUUCGGAUCCUGAAAAUAUUUGUAUUGCAUGACCAGGAAGAGGAGCUCAUUUUGUGCUACGCGGGAAGGGCAUUUGUCAUGCGGGAUAGGCAUCAGGAUGCCCUCCAAAAGUCUGUGAUGCUAGGCAAUGCUUUACAAGCAUCAUGGGUCAUCCAAAAUAUGCAUGACAAACCUGGCAACCCCCGGGGGAGAAGCCGGGUAACCAAGGUCCUGAUCUCUCUCCCCUUAUCGUCGGGGGCUUGCCCGAGAGAUUGAAAGAGUGUGCACUAUGGUUGGCAUCGUGCGUGGUUUGUGCCUCUCUGGAAUCUUACCGCCCUAGAGGUUUGGUUCCGACCCUCUCCAAAGGGUCUUUUUGUAUAGUUUGCAUUGGAAAAAGAAUUUUGGGAAUUUUGCCAUGAAAGGCACUUAUAGUGCCCUCCCAAUUUUCUCUUUCAAAGACGACUGCAUCCGUAUCCCGCCCACCCUUGUGUCCCCUCCCCCAUGGGGUUGGUUCGUCGUCUUUGUUGUUGCACCCUGCGUGGUCUCUUUGUCGUCGCGUCUUGGUUGGCUGUCUGUGUGCCAUGGCGUCCUCCACACCACUAUUGGUGUUUUUAGGCCUAUGCCUUCUUUGCCCAUCGCGGAUUGUUUAACCUCUUCCCGACUUCAAUGCAUUGCCUCCGGCCUAUUGCCUCCGGCCUAUUGCCUCCGGCCUAUUGCCUCCGGCCUAUUGCCUCCGGCCUAUUGCCUCCGGCCUAUUGCCUCCGGCCUAUUGCCUCCGGCCUAUUGCCUCCGGCCUAUUGCCUCCGGCUCUACCCUUCCCCUCUUCCAGAGUUGUGGAAACCCCGGGAGUGUUUUGCCGGUUCCUGUUGGUGUGGUGUGCUUUCUGUUGUUGGCCCAGCGUAGGGGUGGCGCUAUCGCUAUAUCCCCGCCGACGUCUUCUGUAUCAGUUGGUGUCAAGUUGUUCGGCGGUGUCGGUCUCGUAAACUUCGAGCAACCCACGGGCGGUUCUUUCGGAUCAAGAUCAAAACUCGGUUGGUUUCGAUCAAAAUGCGCUGCCUCGGUCAUGGUCAAAUCUCAGAUCAUUGCACGGCGCUCGGGUCAAUAUUCGGUUGGUAUCGGUGGGUUUCGUUUUUUCUUCCAGUUGCUCGACCCCAUCGGUUUGCCCUAAGGCAGUUGGGAUUAGCCCGGGCCUCCUCCUCUCUGUCGGUCUGCAAAGCUCUACCACCCCCUUGUCGGAUGUGUAGGUCACGCACUCCCCGGCAAGGCUUCGGUCCCCGCCCCUAUCCGGUAACCUUAAGUGGUCCUCCGGUCCAAAGGGAACAUAGCUACCAUCCUCCUUGUGAUCCUUUUGUUUAGGUAUCUUGGCUUUCUCCCUUUAGUGUUGUGCAGGGAGUGUCUUGUUUUGUGCUUCCCUCUCAGUGAUCACUCGGGGGCGCUGGUCUCCUCGUGCCUCUGGCCGAAACGCUAUACCACCUUGCUUACAUCCAUGGCCACCCGACUGAUGUAACACGUAGGUGAGGUCUUCCCAUAAGACUAACACAACAACAACAACAACAACAACAACAACAACAAACCUGGCAACCUUCCAGACCCAGACACUUUUGCAUUUGAUACGCGACCCCGAUCUACGAAGUUGGGUGCCCGUUCCGGGGAAAGUCCCUCGGGUUUGGCAGUAUGUCCGGGGGCCCGGCGGCCUGUUACCCUAACGACAGCUCCACGGCGGCGCUGGACGCAAGCAACAAGUGCAGCUGGUGCCACGGCUGGAGUGCGGAGGGCUACGAGGAUGCCAUCUGCAAGAAUGACGAAAACGACGUGAACGGGCUGAAGCCUUGCAUGUGUGUGCUCAAAGCCUCGCCCGGGAUGGUGAGUUUAUCUUUAUCAAUUUGCUGACAAAUAACUUCAUUUAUUUGUAUAAAUGUUUCGUGGUCCUUGACCUACUUAGUGCUGGUCUCAUCUCUGUUGAAACAUUGAAAACUGAAAGAGACUCGUCUAGUUGUACUAGUAAGCGCGCCUGCUAUAACGACGUCGACAUCGAGUCAACCAUUCCUACCUGAGCAUGCAGACAAAAGCACAUAAUUUACGAAGAAUUUUCUAUAUGGUUUUGUUGAAACUACAGGAGCGCCGCACCGUGGAUCUUUCCGACAUGCAGCUCGCGCAACCCUCGGACGCGUCUGCCUAUCUCGCGUACCACAAGCUGAAACCGUUUGAAGGGUCCUCAUCUGGGGGAACAACAGCAUCGUCCGAGGAAGGAGUGCCGCUCGUGGAGCAGCAGACCGAGGACGACCACGCCGACGACAAGGGCUUGAUCGUCAUUCCCCACUACUACAUGCCGCGGCAGGGCCCCGACAUGUUUGCGCAGAACCCCAAGGUGCCCGCGUUUUCCGAAGACCAGAAACACAGCGACUUUCUCUGGGGCAGCCUGUGGUCGGGGAGCGGGGGAAAUAACUCGGGCGACAGUUACAAGGAAGACAUUGCGCGGGACCUAGGAACCCUAGAGAGCGACCUGAACAUGGCAAUGACCAAGUACGACAAAAUCAAGCACGGCACCGCGGUAAACGGGGACCCCGCGACGGAGAACAUCUGUCCGCCCGGCGUGACCACGCAGGAAAUGCUGGAAAACGCGCGGAUGGUGGGGCAGUACGAGCACUGGAAGGAGCGGUGCGAGAAAAUGGAGAAGGCGCACUGGGCGAUGCAAAACCCGCACAUGACCAAGUCCGAGUGGCAGAGUACUUUCCGCAACGCGCCGAAGUGCGACUUCGAGAUGAUCUCUUUAUCGGACUACACGCGGUUCCGCCACGUGAUGCAGCACUGCCUGGUGAACGUGCGGUCCAAGGUGGAAAAGGAUCUGGCGCUGAUGCAGCCGGUCUUUUCGGUACCGAAAACGGUGGCCAAAGCGGUGCAGAAGGCGGACGGGGGCGCGGUGCACCCGGUCUCGGAGGAGGAUGCAGAAAACGCAAAGGAGGCGGAAACGGAACAGGAGGAAAGCACAGAAAAAACUGUAUCCUGUGUAAAAACGUCCCCACCCCAGAGUCUGUCAUCAAGAUGGGAACUCUACAACACAGAUCCAGAUGUUUUGGGAGUCACGCAUGACAAGUUUUUCUCUGUACUCUUACGCGGGUUAGCAAGGACAACCGCAUCGCAAAGCCAUCCUGGUAUCCUGUUUACAGCACCACAAAUUGCAUAACACGAUUGAGAAGGCCUCUGAUGGGGACGCGCAUUACAAGUUUUCCUGUGAUUGUAAUUCUGCAUGACAACUCCGGGCGGGUGGGGACGUUUUUACACAGGAUAAACUGCGGAGGUCUCGUCGAAGGAAGGCGACGCGGAAACAAAGGCGGAGGAGGACAGUGAGAAAGCCACGGCCGACGCAAAGGCAAAAGCGGCUGAGAAAGAGGAUUCCACUGGAGCAGCGGCUGGUGCGGCGGGGGAAGAGGAGAGCAAAUCUGCUCAAGACAAGGACGACGCCGAAGAGGAACAGGAGGGGAAAGAAGCCUCGGAAAGUGCGAAAAAAGAAGCCGAAGCCGCGAAAGCGGACGACAAAAGCGAGGAAGAAAAAGAAGAAGAAGCAGGAGGUGCAACAGCGGACGACAAGGGCGAGGCCAGUGAAACAACUCCAGAUGUUGAGAAACCGAAGGAAGCGUCGGUUCUCGGGAGUGUUACCGGGACCAGCUAUGGCCUUGUGGCCGCGCAGAUGUUCCUGGCUGCAGUCAGGUCCUCCACCUCGCGGUCUACGUGCACGGAAGACAAUUUUGAACAAGCAGAGAAUGACCUCCAGAAGUUCUGCGACAGGGUCAGCAAACGCGGCACUUCGCGGCCUCUAUCAAUUGCGGUUUUUUUGUAAGAUCUACUGCAAGUAGGCCGUCUUCCUUUGAUGCACGGGCUGCAUUUGCUAACAACUAAAGAAAAAGAUGAAUUGAUGAAGCAGAAGCCCUUGUGUACAAUGCGAACGUACUUGACAAGUGAACGAACCGAAAAAUCGAACCGGCGUUUCGACUGAUUUUGGAAUGAGUCUCGCUUCACAAACCCAAAAUUUUCAAGUUCUUGUUUUUGCAGGGAUGCGGGUCUAGUACGCCGUGUCCGCCCGUUUUACGAUAGGAUUUAGGAAAACAACGACACAUAAUAUGUUGAAAUGCCUUCAU